AUGGGGUGCUGGAUUUUGAAUGAGAGUCUCUCCAUCAUAUUAGUACUCUUGUGGCUGGGAGUGAAUUUAUAUCUGUUUAUUGACACAUUCUGUUGGUAUGAAGAGGAAGAAUCUUUCCUUUACACGCGUGUUAUUCUGGGUUCAACGUUGGCUUGGGCACGAGCAUCUGCAGUGUGUCUGAAUUUUAACUGCAUGCUGAUUCUGUUACCAAUCAGUCGAAACCUUAUUUCAUUCAUGAAAGGGACAAGUACUUGCUGCAGAGGCCCAUGGAGGAGGCAAUUAGAUAAAAAUCUCAAAUUCCACAAACUGGUCGCCUAUGGGAUAGCUAUUAAUGGAGCCAUCCACAUCAUCGCCCAUUUGUGCAACCUACAGCGUUACCACUGGAGCCAGUCAGCUCAAGCAGAGGGACUUCCAGCCGCUCUUUCCAAACUUGGCGAUGCCCCAAAUGAGAGCUACCUCAACCCCAUCCGGACCUUCCACACAAACACCAUCACUGAAUCGCUAACAACCAUUGCGGGUGUUACUGGCCUCGUCCUCUCUCUGGCUUUAAUCUUGAUCAUGACCUCUUCCACCGAGUUCAUCCGACAGGUCUCCUAUGAGUUGUUCUGGUGCACACACCAUGUGUUUAUCAUCUUCUUUAUCAGUCUGGCAUUCCAUGGGGCCGGUCGGAUUGUUCGAGGCCAAACUCCUGAAAGUCAACUGCAGCACAACGUCACCUUCUGUAGAGAUCACUAUGCUCAGUGGCAGAAGGUGGCCCCAUGCCCCGUGCCUCAAUUUUCUGGCAAGGAGCCUUCGGCUUGGAAAUGGGUUUUAGGCCCUGUGGUCUUAUAUGCGUGUGAAAGAAUAAUGAGGUUGUGGCGGUUUCAACAAGAAGUUGUCAUUACCAAGGUGGUGAGCCACCCGUCUGGAGUUCUAGAAGUUCACAUGAAAAAGCGUAACUUUAAAAUGGCGCCAGGACAGUACAUCCUGAUCCAGUGCCCAUCCAUAUCCCGGCUGGAAUGGCACCCCUUCACCCUCACCUCCGCUCCUCAGGAGAACUUCUUUAGUGUUCACAUCCGGGUUGCGGGAGACUGGACGGAAGCCUUAUGUAAGGCCUUUGGGGCAGAGGGACAGACCUCGAAGGAGCUCUGCAGCCUGCCAAGGCUGGCAGUGGACGGGCCGUUCGGAACCCCACUGACGGAUGUAUUCCACUACCCAGUGAGCGUGUGCAUCGCCGCGGGAAUAGGGGUCACUCCCUUCGCCUCUCUUCUGAAAUCUAUAUGGUACAAGUCUGAGUCACAAACCCAGCUGAAGCUGAGCAAGGUGUAUUUCUACUGGAUUUGCCGGGAUCCAAAGGCUUUUGAGUGGUUUGCUGAUCUCUUACUCUCGCUGGAAACACUUAUGAGUGAGCAGGGGAAAGCUCAUUUUCUGAGUUAUCAUAUAUUUCUUACCGGCUGGGAUGAAAAUCAGGCUGUUCACAUUGCUUUACACUGGGAUGAAAGUACCGAUGUGAUCACGGGAUUAAAGCAGAAAACGUUCUAUGGAAGACCUAACUGGAACAACGAGUUCCGACAGAUGGCCUAUGCUCACCCUGGCAGCAGCAUUGGUGUGUUCUUCUGUGGACCCAAAGCUCUCUCAAAGAUGCUUCAAAGGAUGUGCCGCUUAUAUUCCUCAGCUGACCCCAUGGGUGUCCAUUUUUACUACAACAAAGAAAGCUUCUAAACCUUGGAGAAAAAAUCCCAUGUGUUAUGUAAGUGGCUACAAUCAUGUAGGUCAGCAGUCAGGAAAUGUUUCCUGUAAAGAGCCACAGAAUAAUUAUUUUAGGUUCCAUGGACCAUAUGAUCUCAGUCACAACUA